AUGAAGCCCUCUGAUUGGUCAGUUCUUGUGCUGUACCAACCUGUAUUGCUACUGAGAUUGUCCCCGUUGAUCAUCUCCGUCGCAAUACAGAAAAUAUUGGUUAAUUCGAUUCCCACAAAGGUUCUGCCGGAUUACAACCAGGGUAAAAACAAGCUCGUGGCUUGGAUAGUCUCUCACUGUGUGACAAAUAGCAGGCGAGAGGUAUAUGUGAAAAGGUUACGAGAGCACAUUCCCGUAGAUGUAUACGGCGGCUGUGGAUCGCUUACAUGUCCUGAUCCAAAGAACAGAUCUGCAUGUCAGCGUCAUGUCGGUGCAAACUACAAGUUCUACCUAGCGUUUGAAAACUCUGAUUGUCGAGACUACGUCAUUGAGAAGGUAUGGAAGAACUCAAUUACGAUGAACACAGUUCCAGUAGUGCGUGGAUACUACAACAAUUUUAAGUCAAUCUUACCACCAGGCUCCUAUAUUCACACCAACGAGUUCCCAAAUCCCAAAGCACUUGCGACAUACUUAAAAUACUUGGACAAGAACCACACAGCAUAUAAUGAAUACUUCAAGUGGAAGCUUACAUACAAACUUGAUAGUUUAUGUUCUUCGAGGAAAUGGGGAAAUGGAAAAAUAUUUGGAAAGAGUUUUACUCAUUUGACAAUAAUUGUUACAAUUAUUAUGAUGUUCCUCUCGGCAAGUUUGACAAAUGAGUCAAGACCUUACUUAAAGGACCUUACUUAAUGUUCCAAACAAUCGCAUCAAAUGUUCAAUAGAGUAAUGGAAACAAGUCCACGGAAUUAAAAGCUAUGACACACGUCAGUCAGUCAUGGGAUUUGUUAAAGUAACAUACAGACAAUGUAUUCUAUAAUCUAAAGCCUCAAAAAGUAAUAGAUAUGACUAUAUGUUCUAUAGAAAGAGAUUUAAAAAUAUUAUAAGCCAGAGAUAAAUAAAAAAAGACAAUAAUCUUUGCCAUGACCGGGAUUCGAACCAUCAACUUUUAGUCGAAUCGCUGCACUGGAUUAAUAAAAAAGUCAAUAAUCAUCAUGGUAAUAAUAUUAAAACACAUAUUUAAGUAAAUAUUCUUAGCCAAUAUCAGGAUUAAUGAUCAUCCAGUUUUCAUUUAGAUAAUCUACCUGUUAUCAUUGUGCCAAACACGGCCUCCAAAAAAGACUUCUUGUUACUAGUUUUCAAAAUGAUACAUAAUAUCCAUGAAUCAGCUGUUUUGGAACCUAAACCC